AUGGCAAUUGUAAUUGUCCUUGCCAUUGUGCUACUCUUAGUGUUGAUACUCCUAGCUGAGCUUUAUUGCUCUCUUUUUCUCCGGCGACGAAAGAUUAAAGCCGGAAAACCCGAUUCGAACCCCGAAAACCCCGCCUCUCAGCCUCAACAGCCACUGGAGCAGUUAGUCCCUUCUCCUCUUAGUAGCUUCUAUGCUCAAGGAGUUCUAGAUGCUCCUAGAAGCUUCCUCUUUCCCAAACUCCCUAGUAAGAGAGAAAACCGAGCUGAAAGUGAUGAUAUUGAGAGGCCAAAACAUGGGAAACUUCAUCAGUUUCUUAGAGUUCAAUCCCCUCAACAAAUUGGCCUUGCUUCUACAUUAUCACAUUCACCCUCACCUUCUUUCAUCCCAGUUAUAACACCUCACCAACAGUCUGAUGAAAACCCUGAAAUUGUACCUGAAGAUGGGAAGGAAAAGAAUUUCAUGUACAUUUCAAAUCCUAUCUAUGACAAUGAAGUUGCCCGGCCGAGCCGAGUGGCAACCCCAUUUGAGACCCCGGACAGCUCCCCGUCUCAGUUGGACCGAAGCGGGUCGUCCGGGGAUGAUGAGGAAGAGAGGGAUGAUGAAAAUCUUGGAACUUCAUCAAGUCCAUCUUCAUUGCCAUUGAGUCCAAUGAAGGAGCUUCCUGCUAAAGCUGCCUCUGUUUCUUUAAGGGAUGCAAGGUCUUUGGGUCCUUCUGCUAGUGAAUCAAACAGUCAUAUUGGUCGUUCAUCUUCUUCUUCAGAUUCACCUCGCACUUCACCUUCUUGGUAA